AUGCAUACAGCGCUGCAGCACAGCAUCUGGCGGCGCGCACUCUCGCUCUCGCUCUCGCGCGCGCAGCGCCUUCCCCCGCGUCUCUUCCGCCAUGCACCCACCACACACUGUCUCGCUGGCCGGAGCUUGCCCACGCGCGCGCUCAGCACGGACACUCACACGAACAAUGAGGAGGCGGCGGCGGGGGUGAUCGUGCCGCUGCGGAAGGAGUUGAAGGAGAAGGCGAGAGCGAAGAAGCGGCGCGCGGCGGUGGAGGAGCUGCACGAGGCCGACGACGACGGAGAGUGGGAGUUGACGGUGGGCAUUGAGGUGCAUGCGCAGCUGGAUACGGAUGCGAAGCUGUUUUCAGGGGCGUCGAGUGCGCAGGACGACGAGCCGAAUUCGAAUGUGGCGCUGUUCGACCUGGCGUUCCCGGGCAGCCAGCCAAUCUUUCAGGCGGAGACGCUGAUCCCGGCGCUGCGGGCGGCCAUCGCGCUCGAGGCCGACGUGCAGCGCGUGAGCCGGUUCGACCGCAAGCACUACUUCUACCACGACCAGCCGGCGGGCUACCAGAUCACGCAGUACUACGAACCGUACGCGAAGAACGGCGUGCUGCGGCUGUACGCGCGCGACGGCCUGGCGGCGGCGGACGGCGCGUGCGUGGAGGUGGGCAUCCAGCAGCUGCAGCUGGAGCAGGACACGGCCAAGUCGCAGGAGCUGCCGGGGCGCACGUACGCGCUGGACUUCAACCGCGUGUCGCGGCCGCUGAUCGAGAUCGUCACGCGGCCGCAGCUGCACUCGGCGGCGGCGGCGGCGGCGUGCGUGCGCAAGCUGGCGGCGGUGCUGGCGGCGUGCGGGGCGGCGACGACGGGCAUGGAGCACGGCGGGCUGCGGGCGGACGUCAACGUGUCGGUGCGGCGGCGCGGCGAUGGCGCGCUGGGCCAGCGCACGGAGAUCAAGAACCUGAGCAGCUUCAAGGCGGUCGAGGACGCGGUGGCGGCGGAGCGGCGGCGGCAGAUCGCGGUGCUGGCGGCGGGCGGCGCGGUGGCGGGCGAGACGCGCGCGUGGACGCUGGGCGGCGCGGCCACGCGGCGGCUGCGCGGCAAGGAGGGCGCCGUCGACUACCGCUACAUGCCCGACGCCGACCUGGCGCCCGUGGUCGUGGGCGCCGACCUGCUGGCGGUCCUGCGCGCCACGCAGCCGCCGCUGCCAGACGCGCUGGUGGCGCAGCUGACGCACGACGCGCGCUACGGCUUGUCGACGGCCGACGCGCAGGCGCUGGUGGCGCUGGACGGCGGCGCGCGGCUGGAGUACUACCAGGCCGCGGUCGCGGCGCUGGCGGCCCUGCAGGCAGCAGCAGCAGCCGCCGAGCCGGCAGCCACAGCGCCGGGGGUCGCGGGCGGGCGCGCGCUGGCCAACUGGACGCUGCACGAGCUGGGCGGGCUGUUCGGGGCGCGCGCGCAGGCGUGGGACUCCGGGCGCGUGCCGGCGACGGCGCUGGCGGAGAUCGUGCACUUGGUGGCGCGGCGGGCGCUGACGGGCGGCGCGGCCAAGGCGGUGCUGGCGCGCGUGUUCGACGGCGACCGACGGCCGGUGGCGCGCAUCGUGGCCGACGACGGGCUGGCGUUUGCCGCGCUGGCCGACGCCGAGUACGACGCGCUGGCGCGCCGCGUGGUCGACGAGGCGGCGGCGGGCGGCGGCCAGGCGAAGCCGGCCUGGCUGCUCGGGUGCAUGAUGCGCGCGGGCGGGCGCGGGCGUAUGGAGCCGGGGCGGGCGCGGGCGGCGCUGGAGCGGGAGCUGGCGCGGCGGGCGGGGCAGUGUACGAUAGAGUAG